UGGCGAGCGCCUGCAGAGGAAGCCGAGCCCGCCUGGGCCUCACGCGGGCCCCAGAGACAUUUUAUAAUAAUUAGCGUCUGCAGCUCCCACCGCUCUGAAAGGAAACCAGUUAUGUACCACACUUGGGAGAAUUGGAAAAAUCGCCACUGGAGUAGUUUUGUGUUGUGUGUUUAGAUAAGAAUCCUUGCUGAGAAGUAAAAAAAAGGGUGUGUGUGUGUUCUUAUCUACCUUGUAUUUAUUUAUUUACUUAUUUUCCCUAAGCUUUUCUCGCCCCUCCCACACUUCCUUUUUAUUACUGGUGUGGUUGACAUGACUCAUUAGUAGUUACACGGUUAUUGACGAGAAAUACUGUUUAAAACUUGAAUUAAUCUUCGAAAGUUGCAUAACUAGUCUGGAGCUGUGGCAGAAAAACAACCACAGCAUUUUAAUAUUAAAGUAAAGUUACAACUUUGAAGAGAGGUUCUGGAAGAGAUGACACAAAGCAUCCAAAUGAAAGCCUUUACGGAAAGGGCGUCCAGCUCUGAGACCAACGGCCAAGGGGCUGAUAAAAAGAAACAAGGUUACUGCCGCCUGUUCAUGACUACAUGGCACUUUAUUCCAGGUGCUAUGGGCAGACAUAAAAAGACUAUUGCAACUAGUGCUGCUUUAGUAAUAAUUAUGGUAAUUUCUGUACUAGUGACUAAAAUAGCAGUUCAACAUCCUCGAAGUUUUUGCCCAGAUGAUUGGAUUGGUUUCCAAGACAAGUGUUAUCAUUUCUCUGAAAAAGAAGGGGAUUGGGAAUCAAGUAGAGGCAACUGUUCCAAAGAACAUGCUGACCUAACGACGAUUGACAAUGAGAAAGAAAUGUCUUUUCUUCUUCGGUACAAAUGUGCUUUUGAUCACUGGAUUGGGCUGAAGAUGAAAGAAAAUCAUACAAGACAGUGGGUAAAUGGAACCAUAUUUACCAGAGGGUUUAAGGUGAGAGGGAGUGAAGAAUGUGCUUACCUUGAUGAUCUUGGUAUUACAACAGCUAGAUGCUACGCAGACAGAAAAUGGAUUUGCAGAAAAGACAAUGUACUAACUUGGUGAUGGAAGAGGUGGAAAAGAAUGUGAAUUAGAUCUAAUUGGCUUUUCACAAUUAGAUGUACCCAGGGCUACUGAGUAGUGAUAACAGAAGCUGAAGCCAUGAGAGAUUGCCCCAGGCACCCUCAGUUCAGCUGGGAGGCUGACAGACGCACUGCUCCCGUAGGCCUCCACCUUUGGGGACAGGGUGCCCUCCAGUGGUCACCCUCACAUUAUGGAUAAAAGCCUUCUGCCUUGCCCAGCAGGUGGUGCUGCCUGGGGCAAUCUUUCUUGAAGUGGCCAGUUUGACCACAUUGAAAGCACUUGUUCUUAGCUCCUUUGGCUUCCUUCUGUCCCUGAAUGAUGCCUGCCUGUUGGAGAGCUAAUUCCUAGAGUUGGCAUCCUUUUUUUUUUCUCUCUCUUUUUUCUUUUUUUUUUCCUCCUGAUCUUGAUUAUAAAGACCAUUGUGGUGGGCUCAGUGCCUAUGGCUCAAGUGGCUAAGGUGCCAGCCACAUACACCAGAGUGGCGGGUUCGUAUCCAGCCCAGGCCCACCAAACAACAAUGACAGCUGCAACCAAAAAAUAGCCGGGCAUUGUGGCAGGCGCCUGUAGUCCCAGCUACUUGGGAGGCGGAGACAGGAGACUCGCUUGAGCCCAGGAGUUGAGGUUGCUGUGAGCUAUGAUGUCACAGCACUCUACCCAGGGUAACAGCUUGAGGCUCUAUCUCAAAAACAACAACAACAACAACAAAAAACAUUGUGGUGGUUUUAAGGGGAUUUUCCAGAUUAUGGUCAGGGCCUAGAGCCAAUUUUUAAAGUUUCCUACUAAUGUCUGAGGCUGCUUGAAUGAUAAACUUAUUCUUCAAGAUAGUUUGGGCCUCUUAGGAGUCAGGUGUCUCAACUAAGUGUUUUCUUACCACCUUCUUAUGGUGCUCAAGAAAGGCUAAGGGACUUUCAUUAUGUAAAUGGUAGCUAACUUAGAAUAGUUCAUAGGCUUUUCCCUGGAUUGGCAUAAACCUUCUAAGAUACAUGUUAGAAAAUGUUUACGCCACCAGUUGCCUUGUUUCUCAGGGUCCCAUUCAGGAUUCUGAAAGGAAAUUGCCUGGCUUCUUUUGGGGUAUCUGUCCUUUUCUUCAGAAGACAUACUGCUAUCAGUAUUGUACAUGAGCCACAAAUCAUCCCACUUUCUAGCCUCGCCUAAAACUUCAUGCUUCUCAUUUAAUGUUAAAGUUUGAUCUAGCAAUAGCAUCACCUCUGUCCCAAUCCUUGUGAGAGAGGAUACCCGAAAAGGGUGAGGUUUAGGAGAGUAGGUCUUCUCAAGGAGACCACAAGGAUACACCUGCAGGGUCCUCUCCACGGUGACUCAGCUCUUAUGAAUUUGUAGACUUAACUUCCUGGAACUUGGAAAUUUCCACUUCUGUGAAAUCCUGUAGUUCUGUGGGGGCCUGGAACAGCAUCUCCCACUUGAUUCAAACUGGCCAAUGAAAAAGGUACCUAUGGGUUGGAACUUUUUUUUUUUUUUUUCAGUUUUUGGCUGGGGCAGGAUUUAAACCUGCCACCUCUGGCAGAUGGGGCCGGUGCCCUACUCCUUUGAGCCACAGGCGCUGCCCUGGGUUGGAACAUUUUGACUGGAGAUAAAAAGGGAAAGACCAAGCCAGUCGGGGAGUGCAGCCAUUUGGAAUUGUCUAUGCCGUAAGCUCCCAGCCGGUGAAUAAAGCCCUUCCUCUUAUAAACAUGGUGUUUGGAUGCUUUUUCUCUCUAUUGGGUCUCACCUUCCUGCAACAUUUUUGGUUCCCUGACCAGGAAGUGAGACCAAACAAGGAGAGAACAGGCUCAGAUUCACCUGGUAGUUGCUGUCAAUCCUCUGGACACCCACGUGGGGGACCCUUGAUCUGCCUGGGCAAUGUGAACCACUGAGGGCGCCAGGGAGGCAGCUUGGCCUCCCUGUGUGGAUGUCUUGUCUGGGCAGAUAAAGGACCCUCUUGGUGGGUCUUCAAGGAGUCAAACACCAGGAGGAACUGGCAUGCAGGAACUGGUACCUGCGCAGGGAGAUGUCUAAGGCAAGGUAUGAUCAAUUUGGGUGGAAGUGGGUGUCUAAUCAACCUCUGGGGUGUUAGAUCAAGGGCAGGUCUGUUGAGAGGUGUAUGAGAAUGUGUGGAUGUGGUAUGACUGGGUUGAACUCCAAGGGUGAGUCAGACCUCCCCGCACAGGGCCUACGCGAGUGUUGGUUCACCUCCUAUGGCUAAGUGGCAGCUUGAGUGGGAAAUCGAGGCUUCCCAGGUUAAGAAAUGGGUUGGAAUUGUGUGCAUGUGAGUACUCGGAGGCUGACUGAGACAGACAACAAUAGGUGGGGUUUCAUGCCCCCCACCUUCACAGGGCAAAACGAUAAUGUGAGUGGCCCUUUCUUCCCUGCUCCAACUUUGCUUCCUGGCUAUUCUGAGAGAAACCGGAUAUUCCAGGUUUUCUGCUUUCUGUGUUGGACAUAAGUCUUGUCCUUGGCAGCCACAUGGCCAUGUGAAACUUAGGGGGAAAAUGAAAAGACAUCAGAAAGGAUGACUGUGUUAUGGUUUUGUUACUGGAAUUUCAUGACUGAGUCCUAUGUCUCCGGGAUUCGAGAAUUUGGCCCACAGACCACAGACCAGUGAUAAAAUGGGAUUUUCUUGGAUGGAGGGGUAUACAGAGGGAGUGGAGAGUGCCAGAUCUAUUGGCAUGGUAGAGAAAGGUUCCAUGUGAACAGCAGUUGAACAUGGGUCAGUUGGUCCUGAGAGAUGGGUGAGCACUGUUGUGAAGGGAUGGGCAAUGGCCUCUUUUGCCCUCAGCCAAUUGAAAGGGAGUCAGGUUCAGAUCCCUGGAGUGGUGGAGAUGGGCACUGUGAGGCAUCUGAUGCAGUAACGUGACUGAUCCUAGAGAAGCCAUCAGGAGCCCUGAGGAGACUUCUCUUUUUGUGUGAAGGGCAGGGUGCCCUGGAAGGGGUUUGCUCCAAGAGAGGGGCCGUGCCUUGGAAAAUGCUGGGGCUCCGGCAGUCUGGUGAGCUCUGGAUGGCUCUUGAAAAUCUGGGGGAGAGGGUAUAAAUCUCACGCCAGACCACGCCAUACCUGUGUCUACAGCAGGUCUCCAAGGUGAACAGCCUCUGCCACUGGGGAGGUCUCUUGUAUGGGUCCUUUGUCUAGGGGUAAAUAAUUGGCCCUGAGAGAUAUUUUGGCCAGAAUUUGUUGAUGGAAAAACACCUUUACAAACCGAAUGUAUGUUUUAACAAAUAAAUGAAUGCAGUUCCUCACCUUGGGCAAGGUUAUUAGGUCUUUACAUUUUUUGUCUAGGGAGGGGUCAGAGUGUGUGCUCCCUACACAGGGUGGGGCCAUCCAAAACAUUUCAGGCUGCUUUGUUCAUGACCUUCCUCAGAGGGUGUGGCCUGCAGGGUGCAGCCGAUUUGUGCCUAGAGAUGGGGGUCUGAUUUCUGAGCUCACCUGAGCCUGAAAAAUAGGGGUUCCCUGUCCAGCCUUGAGUGGGAAAAUCCUCCAUUAAUUUUACAUUUCAUAAAAUGUCUCUCAUUUGUAAAAUGUAAUAAUUUGGUUGUUUAAAUUGUUGGGGAAACUGAGUUUUUGUCAAAGAAUAUGAUUCUUGCCUUUUAAACCUUGUGAUUAUCAGUUUAGCCAAGUGAAUAAUUAACUUUAUAGUAAACUGUGAUCCUAUUUUGUGAAAAGUCGGUUUUUGAGAGUAAGAGAAAUUAUACAUAAAGAAAAAUAGCAUUGUAUAAGAAAAGAAUCUUGUGUGGUAAACUUUGUCCUGAAACAGAAUGAUUAUUUAAGAAAAUGAAAGAGGUCAAAAGUUAAAGUUUAGAAUGUUUGUAGAUUGUCUGUGCAGGUUAAAUGAAGCUCAUAAAAGAGAAUUUGUGAAGAAAUUUACAUGUGAUCCAGCUGACUAUGUAUUGCCUUUAAACUCUUUUGGCUUGCAGUCUGUUUGAACAAAUGUUUUAAGCCUUUGUUAUUUGACAAACUUUCCAAAAUCAAAACUCUAAAUUUGGGGUUCGGUGCCCAUAGCACAGUGGUUGUAGUGCCGACCACGUGCACCAAAGUUGGUGGGUUUGAACCAGCCCGGGCCAGCUAAACAAUAAUGACAACUGCACCAACAAAAUAAACCUCUAAAUUUGGUGCUUUUGAAAGCAGGAGGGGCUUUUCUGGGGAGG